AUGGGUCGUGAUUGGGGACGACUAUGGGUCGGCGGUACUUCCCUCUUAAUAUCGUUCAUCUCAUUCUCAUCACAAAUAUUCGUCGUCUGGCCAUGGUAUGGGAGAGCACUAAGUGUGGAUCUGCUGAAGCUGCUAGUCCCAUUCAACUUUUGCGUGUUCAUGGUAUUUUGGAACUAUAGAUUAUGCGUCAUUACGCCUCCUGGAGGUGUACCACAUGGCUGGAGACCAAAUUUAAGUGCAAUGGAAGGUGUUGAAGUGAAAAAAGGUAACCAUGCACCACGAUAUUGCAAGACUUGCGAACACUACAAACCGCCAAGGGCGCAUCAUUGCAGACAAUGCAAGACUUGUAUACUCAAACUUGAUCACAUAGCAACGUCAUUUCAUCUGAUCAUGAUGGCGAAGAGGGUAUUAUUCAUGUCCUACGUGUAUUAUGAAGAGCCGACUCUCUGUGAUGUCCUCUUCCUGGUUUUUAACUUUGCCGCUUGUGCUCCGGUAUGGCUCUGUGUUUGCAUGUUCUCUGCAUAUCACGUAUACUUGGCUUGUGGUAAUAGUACCACUAUCGAGGGAUGGGAAAAGGAUAAAGUUGCUACGCUUGUAAGACGAGGGAAGAUAAAAGAAAUCAAAUAUCCUUAUAGUAUUGGCCUGAUCCAAAACGUCAAAUCUGUCCUUGGACCAAAUCCCCUUCUUUGGCUCUGGCCUCAACCGAUGCGAGGAGAUGGAUUGUCGUUCCCCGUGAACCCGGAAGCAGGUGAUUCCGAUGUUCAAUAUUCAUGGCCACCACAAGAUCCAACACGAUUACCCAAUCCCCAUCCUUUACCAGACGGUACAUCACCUUUUGUAUAUGGGAAUGAAGGAUUUAAUCCUAAUCUGAGACCAUCGAAUUCUGCUAUACGAUCAAGAUCCUCCAGAACUCCUUCAGAUCAUAAUCAUAAUUAUGAUGCUAAUCAUAAUGACCAAUACGGAAACGACGGAAAUGGAGAUGAAGUAUAUUCAUCAGGAGAAGAUAGAGAUUAUGGUUCUGAUUUAUCUGAUUCACGAUCAAGAUCAAGUUCACCAGAAAUAUACUUGUCAGAUUAUGAUGAUCACAAUGAAGGUCCAUUACCUUCUGGCGAAAGAUUACCGAGAGUAAGAAGAGGUAGCGAAGGAUGGGAAGUAAGACCUGGACCGGCGACAUGGGCCGGUGGUGAUGAUGUGGAACAUGGUAGUAGGAGACCAUGGGAAGAUCAAGGAAGGUAUCAUUAUUAUGUACCAGGAGAGUGA